AUGGAUAGCUCGGAUAUGUUAAAGAAGAGGUUAGAGUGGAUGGAAUGUGAUGAUAGGACGAAUUCCUUAUAUAUAAACGGAGUGAAUGAGUUUCUUUAUUUUGCUUUUGGUGAUUUGGCUAAUAGUAGUGACAUAGGAGAAGAUGAAAUUAAAGUUCCUUGCCCAUGUAACCGGUGUAACAAUAGUACACAUAAGACGAAGGACGAAAUUUUUAAUGAUCUAUUACUAAAUGGAAUUGUGCGGGGAUAUGUUCGGUGGGUUUAUCACGGAGAAUUUAAACCCCCACAGAAAAGAAAAAGAGCGGAUUUGGGAGAUGGUAAUAGUGAUGAUAUAAGGAGAAUGAUAUACGAUAGAAGUGGGCCAGCUUUCUUUAAUGACCGUGUAGAUGAGGAGUUUGGUGAUGAGCAAGCUGAUGGUUUUGAUGACGAACAAGUUAAUCUUGAGCCAAAAGUUCAUGAAUACGCUAAGGGUUCCAAGGAGGCCAAAAUGUUGGACAGUUUAAUGAAAGAUGCUGAACAAACUCCUUACCCAGGGUGUGAGAAUUACUCAAAGUUGUCGUGCAUUUUAAAGUUGUUCCAAAUCAAAUGUAUGGACGGAAUGACUAAUAAAGCUUUCAAUAAUAACCUUAAAAUGUACAAGGAUGUAUUACCAAAAGGUGCAGAUGUUCCAUCGAAUUAUUAUGAAGCAAGAAAGAUGAUUACUGAUUUGGGUUUUGAUUAUGAGAAAAUAGAAGCAUGUAAAAAUGAUUGCAUGAUUUUUUGGAAAGAGAAUGCAAAGCUCGUAAAGUGCACAAUAUGUGAUAGAAAGAGUGAUCGAAAAUCACCAAAAGUGUUGCGCUAUUUCCCACUAAAACCAAGGUUGCAAAGGUUGUUUAUGUCAUCUAAAACCGCAAGUGACAUGAGGUGGCAUGCUGAAAGUAGAGAAGAAGAGCCAGAAGUCCUUACACAUCCAGCGGACGGCAAAGCUUGGAAGCAUUUUGAUGAGAAACAUCAAUCCUUUGCUUUAUAA